GGUUGCUCGUGGAAGCGCAGACAUUGGGAUUGAGAGUCAUCGUUUCCAUAGAAACAUUUUGGACAGAAAGACAAAAUGGCGACUUUCGUGAGACUGAUGGAAUCAAGGGGAAAAGUUGUCGAUCAGUUAUUCGAAAAUAAGAGAGAUGCCGAGGAUCACAGAAAUAAAGAAUUCCUGGCUGCGCUUAAAAUCCAAAGUUGGUUUAGAGGAACUAAAGUUCGAGCUUACUUGAGAUUUCUCCAUUAUUGUGCCACCACAGUGCAAAGACAUUUCCGGGGACACAAAGGCAGAGAAAUAUACAGACAGAUUGUACAGGAAAAAGUAGCCAUGAUGCGCACUGAUUUCUUUAACAAGCAAGCAACACUGAUUCAGAAAUUAUGGAGAGGUUAUUAUGUUCGUAAAUAUAUCUACAAUUACUACAGUCGUAAGAGGUAUUUGGAAGGAGUUGUGAUCAAGAAUGAAGUAGUUCGGAAAGAGUUGGAGGAGUUUGCUCUUAAAUCAAAACAAGAAAAGGAACGGAAAAGGGAAAUGGAAGAAAAGCUUGCAAAAGAGGAGAAAGCAAGAAAAACACAUUAUUACAUCAGCACUCAUCAAAUCCCUGGAGUAUACAACUCACCCUUUUUCCCACCACAACCAUCAGCAAAAGAGAUUGAGUUGAGGAAUGCAAGACCUUUAAGCCGCAGAAGCCGGCAGAAGCUGAAAUCAGAUGCAGCACAGAUUCUUGAUCAAUCUCGAAGUGUUAAAAUUGUUACAAGGGAGUCCAAGACUGUGCCUCUUCCUCCAAUAUCUAUGAAGUCAACCGCAAAAGUACAAGGUCCAUUCCGUACUCCAAAUGAGGUGUGGCAGCAGAGACACAAACCUCUAAAUCCAACAUUAAGAGUGGCCACUUCUUACCUCUCAGCAGAGGAUGCAAGAGCUGACAUGAAAGCUGAUGAAUGGGUAACAAGACUGAUAGAUGAUAAGUUUGUUCCAUGUACUCAUCGAGAGCGCCCUUAUGAACCUCUACUACACACAACGUCACAGUAUGGAAGUCUUCCUUAUGGAACAAAGCAUUUCAGAGAAGAAAACGUAGACAGACAUAUCACGCCUUCGAGAUUUCAAACAGUGGCAUCGCCGAUUCCAAUCUUCGAGCAGUUUGGGAAAACGUACUGAUGUUGAACAUAAUACUACAAUAUUUAAAUAGCAGGUUACCACUUAAAAUGCAGAUGAUGGUUACUAUUUCGGCUUCAAAGUGGUUCGUGUAAAAUAUAGAAAUCGAAGUAGGUUCUAUUUUUCAAAAAAUCUCUCCAUUAAUUUUUUUGUUUUAUUUUUUAAUUUUAUCAUUCUAGUCUACGUUUUCUUCCAUAUUUGUGUUAAGUAGUUGUGCUUCUGCAUCUUUUUUUAAUCUGUUAUUAGUCAAAGCGAAAAUUGAACUUAAAACUUGUCGUGGCGAAUUCUCCUUUGUAAAUAUUCACUGUGAUGGGUCGCGUUUUUACAGUUAAAUUGUAAAAUACGCGAUGCGAAACUGAUAACGAAAAUAAAAUCAUGAUUAAUUAUUUGAA